AUGAGUCCUGAGCUGCUGCUCCUCCUGCUGGUGGCUGCAGGGAGCGCAGAUGUGGAGUUCGAGGUCGAAUCCGUCGACUCGGACGACUACAACGAAGACGAAGCUUCUCUGAUAUCCGCAGACGACCAGGUAUACGAGGUCACCAUAUUUGAGGCGGACGAUAACGACUCGUUUGAUGAAGACACAGAGAUCACUGAAGCUGAUUACUGGCGCUGUGUGAAGUGUGACGAGUUGAACCCACCUCUGCCCGGAAAAUGUCUUCGCUGCUGGACGCUGCGUCAGGAUUGGCUGUCUGAAGCGUCACUCCCCCCAAAGCCCGCCUCCUCCAGUCCCAAAGACCUGCCCACAAAGCCAACCGACCAAUCAGCAGCCAGAGAGACUCCAGGUUCAGAUGGCGAGGAGAACGAAGGAGUGGACGUCCCCGAUGGGAAAAGAUCAAAAGAGACGCCUCUUUUGUCUCAGUGCUUCUCCGACUCUUCAGCCCCAAACUCUGAGGAGCUCCUCUCUUCCUCCCAGCCGUCCUCUUCCUCGCAGCAGAACACUCCUGACUACCAGCCUUCUUCGUCCUCCAUCGACUCCCAGGAGCUCCUCCCAUCUUCCCUCAACACUCCUCGUCCUCCUGCUGGAGUCCCUGAUCUGGAGCGCAGUGUUUCUGCAGAAUGGCGUCUUCCCGACUCCUGUCUGGAUCCGUGUCUCAUUUGUCAGUCGCGUCCGAAGAACGGCUGCAUCGUUCACGGAAACACGGGACACCUGAUGUCCUGCUACGUGUGCGCCAGGAAGCUGAAGAAAAGGAACAAGCUGUGUCCCGUGUGCAGGCUGCCCAUCCAGUCCGUCGUCUUCACCUACAUCAGUUAAAUCAUCCCAGAAUAACAUCCAGCAUCUCCCGGGUUCCUUCCAUCUCAACCAUUAGGAUGCGUAAAGGUUUUGUUCAGCAGGAUAGACACUACAAAGGAACUACAGCACAUGACUUAACAUCCCCAAUGCUAAGCUAAAGGCGGCUAAUCUUUUCAUUCAAACGCAUUUAUAAAAACACCCAGACGAGCGAACAGGAAGUUGAAGAAAUGCUCAUUCCUGCACCACUCCAUAAUGACCAAAUUUCAGUUGACUUGCGUCUGUUCGUGCGCACUCUCUCUCGCUUUAGGUGUCUGACAAUCUAUUCAGGAAGCUGGAAUUAUUUAAUUGUUGUCAAUAACCGCCUAAAAAAGAGACCAAAAUCCAAAACAUUUGUCAAUUUCUGGUAUUUUUUCACUUCCUGUUUCUGUGUGAGACGCAUUGUUUCCCGCUCAUGACAGAAAUGUGUCAUUUUUGACCUGUUUUUGUUACUAAUGAUGUUCUUAUCAUUGAGAAAGUUCCUAGAAGUUCUUCGAAGUCUGAAGUAUUCAAAUAGUUCAAUUUAUAGUGAUUAUAAAACAGAAAAACACUUUUAUUUAAUGGAAGAAAAUGUGGUAUUUACUAAAGAAGGGAAAAAGUGCAUAUUUUUGGAUAUAAACAAUCUUAUGUUGAGCAUCAAUGCACUCUCAGUUUUGGUCUUUUUUUUAAAUGGGAAAUUGACAAAAAAUUAUGCUUAAACCUAAAUGUCAAUUAAAUUAUCUUUCGUUUUGAAGCAGUUUUUCUUCCCCUGGUGUCUUCUUCUGAAAUGUCUCACGUUAGAAAAAGGACAUAAGGAACACUCCUGAACUGUUGUAAUGUUAUAAUAUACAUUUCUGUGUCAAGUCUUGCUUCACUAAAUGCAUCAUUUAUUUACAACGGAGUAAAUAUACCUUGUAAAAACUCAAAUAAGUGUCAGAUUGUUUCUUAAAAAAAACUUGUACUGUUUUUA